UUCGAUAAGCAGAUAUUUCACCAACUCAUUUUCAUCAGUCAGGCCAAACACAUCUAUCUAUACAUUCAUCUUGAUAGUGGUUGAUUAUGUGAAGUAAAUACCUAUAUAGUAUACAAAAGUUAUCAAGUGGGAAUUAUUUCAUUUUUUGGGUUCUCGAAGUACCUCCUAGUUCAGUUCUGGAAUCAUGGCAGCCAAAAUAUCAUUAGAAAUGAUCGGUGGCAAAAAAAUACCAACCCUAGGUUUGGGAACUUGGAUGGCAACUGACGAAACAGAGUUGGAAAAAGCGUUGGAGGCAGCUCUAGAAGCUGGCUAUCGACACAUCGAUACAGCUUUCGCUUACUCCAACGAAGCCAUCAUCGGCAGAGUACUGAACCAAUGGAUCUCUGCCGGUAGAGUCAGAAGAGAGGAGCUUUUCAUCACCACGAAGCUGCCAUCCUGCGGAGUUCACGAAGAUAGAGUGGAGAUGUUCAUGAAGAAGUCGCUGGAAAAUCUGAAGCUGGACUACGUCGAUUUGUAUCUGAUCCAUUUUCCAAUUGGCACUAAUUAUGUGGAAGGAUAUAUUUCGCCUCCAGCUGAUCAGCUGAAAUUGGAGCCGUCAAAUCACGUUGAAAUAUGGAAGAAAAUGGAAGAACAGGUCGAAGCCGGAAGAACCAGGGCUAUAGGUUUAUCCAAUUUCAACCAGAGGCAAGUCGACAGGAUAGUGAAGUCAUCCAGAAUCAAGCCUGCUAGUUUACAAAUCGAAUUGCAUGUGUUUCUGCAACAGCGGGAACUGGUGCGUUUCUGUCAGCAGAAUGGAAUUGUUGUGGUUGCCUACUCUCCAUUGGGAAGUCCUGGUUUGAAUGUGUUCAUAAAAAAAUCGGGACUUAAAGAAAAAAAACUACCCAAUUUGCUGCAGAAUCCAGUCGUAGGGAAAAUUGCUGAAAAACACGGAAAAUCCAACGGACAAGUGCUGCUACGAUUCCUCGUGCAACAGGACAUUGUUGCCAUACCAAAAAGUGUGAGCCCUUCUAGAAUAAAAGAGAAUAUCGAUAUCUACGAUUUCAGUCUCGAUUCUGAUGAUAUGACUAGUCUUCAUGGCCUUGACAUUGGUGAACGUAUCUUGGACAUGAAAUCCAGACCAUUGUUGCAUGCACAUCCCGAAUGGCCGUUUGGAGAAUAAUUGCAUAUAUUUGAGAAACAUACUCCAUAGACAUAGAAUGAUUUUGCUCGAAAAUAUUGUAUAUUCUAUGAGGUUUCAGAAGUUUUCAGGAGGAAUAUAUUUCAAAUUGAAUAAAAAUUAAUGAACAAUUUCCUACUCAAGAACCUUUUAUUUGUCCUUAUUGUGAAACAAUGACAUGCCUCAGAAAGGUGAAAAUGAGAUAUUUUACUUCGAAUGUUUGAAAUAAUAUAUAAAAUCUAGUAAAAACUUGAAUGGUUUUGGUUUUAUUAAGGUCAAUGCUUCAUGCCCUAUGCGAAUAUAGUUAACA